AUGUAAAAUAGACCUAGCUUAGCUUAGAUUAUUUCAAUGGAUGAUGAUCCUGAAGAGAUUUUUGAAAUAUUAGAUUUAUUAGGAGAAGGAUCUUAUGGCUAAGUUUACAAAGCUUUGCAUAAAUAAACAGGAGAAUUAGUGGCAGUUAAAAUGGUUCCUAAUGAAGGAGAUUCUGCCUUAGAAAAAGAAAUUAGAAUGUUAAAAGAAUGUCAAAGCGAAUAUGUUGUUAAGUAUUAUGCAUCUUACUACAAAGACCAGCAUUUAUGGCUCAUAAUGGAAUACUGUGCUGCAGGUAGCAUUAUAGAUUUAGUUAAGAUUACAAGAAUUUAACUGAAUGAGUAGCAAAUAGCAUCAAUAUUACAGUCAACAUUAAAAGGAUUAUAAUACUUACAUUCAAAUAAAAUCAUUCAUAGAGACAUAAAAGCUGGAAAUAUUCUCUUGGAUUAAAGAGGAAAUGCGAAAUUAGCAGAUUUUGGUGUUUCAUUUUAGCAAAUUCAUACAUAAGCAAAAGCAGAGUCGAAAAUUGGCACUCCUUGCUGGAUGGCCCCAGAAGUAAUCAUGCAUUUAAAAUAUGAUUCUAAAGCAGAUAUAUGGAGUUUAGGGAUAACAGCUAUAGAAUUAGCUGAAGGAGAACCUCCUUACUCAGAUGUUAAACCUAGUAUGGUCAUGGCUAAGAUUUAGUAGAAACCUCCACAAGGAUUAAAAAAUCCAUCUUAAUGGUCUCAAUAAUUUAAUGAUUUUGUUAAGUAGUGCUUACAAUAAGAUCCUUAAAAAAGGCCCACAGCUGAAUAGCUUUUGCAACAUCCUUUUAUAAAGGAAAAUUCUCGCCCUAAAGCAAUUUUAAGUGAGUUAGUCAGUAAUUCAAUCGAUGCAAUAGAAAGAUAUAGAAAUAACUAUCAUGAUCAAUCUCAAGCUUAAGAGGGCGAAAAUUUAAUAUACGGAAAUUAAGAUACAGUGAUUCACUACACUACAAAUUAAAAUACUUAAAACAAUUAAUAUUAUCAAAUGAAUGUUGAUUCAUCUAAUUUUUAAAGUGAAAACUAGGGCCCAAUUUAAUAUCACUAAAUGGUUAUAAAUGAUUAAUAACAGUAACAGUAAUAAUAACAAUAGUUAUUACAAAAUCAAUAACAACUUUAAUAAUAAUAGUAACAACAAUAAUAAUAAUAACAAUAGUAAUUGCAACAAUAAUAAUAAAUAUAAUUUGAAGCAGAAAAUAAAUAAAUAGCUCAAGUAGAGAGUUAGGUAUAAAACUAAAAUAAAAUUUAAUAAGAACAGAGUAUAAGUAAUUAAAAGUAAAAUUUUUAAUAGUAAUAAAAUAGUAAUAAUAAUAACAACAACAACAGCAAUAAUUUAAAUGAAUAAAAUUAACCUGACUCUCAUUUAAAUUCUGAAGUUGAAAAUGUUAGUAGUGUAGUAGUUAAGGAGGAUAAUGGGUAAUUAAGUAAUAAUCUCUAUGCUGCUAUGACUUAUACUAAGUAUAUGAAUUAGAAUAUCAGAGGUUUUGAUCAAGCUAUGGACGAAAAACAUCGAAAUAAUAUUUUAAACAGCUUACCUUUUAACUAGUAAGCUGCACAAUAGUAAUAUGAUUAUAGCGAAGAUCAAUUUAUUGAUCAUCUCAGCAACGAAGAUUAUGAUGAUGAAGAGGAAGAUGAUGAACAUUUUGAUGAGCACAAUAAAAAUAACAAUAAUAUUGAAGAUGAUGAAGAUGAUUUGAGUUUUCAUUAGGAAGAUUAUAAAAAAGAAUAGAUGAUGAAAAAAAUACAAGUAAAAUAUGUACAGCCUUAAUAAUCUGUUGCUCCUAAAUAAAAUGGACAGCAGUAGAUUUUAUUUUAAGUAACUGAAAAUGAUGAAUAGUAUCUGUAAUAAAAGCACUUCUUAGAAUAGAAACAACAAGAAUAAAUUUACUUUUAGUAAUAAAAUGCUUAAAAACAGUAGCAACCAAGUUAAUAAGUAAAUCCUUUACACAAUUAGUAAGAAAUUCCUCCUUAGUAAAAAAUAAAUUAUUAAGACACUUAUUCACAACAUAAAUAACAUAUUAAUAAUCAAAUAAAAGAAUCUAAUAGCAAAGAAUUUUAAAGCUCUGCAAGUGCAGCAUUAUAAAAAACAGAUUAAAAAAAUUAAAAUAUUUAAAAUUAAUAAAUAAAUGAUGUUAAUAAUAUUUAAAAGAAAGAUGAUGAAAAAGUUGUUUUAUAAAGUAAUUAAUUCCCCUAAAAUGUUGAAGAAGACGAUUAUUAGGAUAUUUAAAUACAAGUUUAUGAUGCAUAAAUAGAUGAAAACAAUAACAUAUAUGAAAUUCACAUACCUAAUGAUGGAGAAAAUAAUGAGGAGAAGGUUCCUUCUCAUCGUAUUGUGAGACCUCUCAAAAGACAAGGUCAUGCUGCAGACUAUGAAGAAUUCGAAGAAACAAAGCUUUUAAGCAAAUUAGAUCAACUCUUAAAGCAAUAGCAACUAGAAAUACAAAAAAUCUAAGAGAAAUAUAAACCUUAAAUAGAAGAAAUAUAAAAAACUCUUGAAUUGAUUAAAAAAGCUCAAAACACAUAUUCUCAAUCAAAUCUAACUUCUUAAAAAGUUGCAUCUUCUUCAAACUCUUCCCAUCAAAUUACUAAUUCAUAAAUUAAUAACUUCCUUUUAAAUAAUAAUGGAGUAGGUGUCAAUAUGAACCACUCAUAAUAAUUGAAUAACCACAACCAUCAUUUUAGUUAAUAAGUCAGUAGCAGUGUUUAAGCACCUUAAAAUGUUCUUAACAUAAAUACUAACAAUAGCAACAAUACUCACCAUUUAAAUCAUCAUGAUCCUAGAUUCUUUUCAGUAGAUUCCUAUAACCUUCACGCAGCUAAUUAAAUUCAAUGUAACUAAAUAAUUGAGAAUAUUUAAAGCCAAAGUCACCUUAUAAGUAGCAAUAAUUCAUAAAUGUAAUAAAUGUAUCAUUCUUAAAAUUAAUCGCAAAUUAAAUCUCAGCACAACAGUUCUCAUAAUAACAGCAGGACUUAAAAUAAUUGGGUAUAAAACCCAUAAAAUAAUAAUUAACAAAACAUGCAACCUCAUUAAAACUAUAUGAGUACUCCCACACAAUUUAAUCUUUUAAAUUACAAUAAUUAGAAUAAUUUAAAUUUUAUGAAUGGCUCUAUGUAUUCUUUUUAAGGCCAAUAAAUAAACCCUGCUAUUACAUUUAAUGGAAAUAUUAGUAAUAUUGCACAGAUGACGAUGUCUCAAAAUAUUUCAAAUAUGAAUAUGAGUUAGAAAUCAGGUACUCCAAGUUAGAUGUCAAGUACAAAUCUUAAUAACAUCAAUAAUGUAAAUAAUUUAAACUCACAAAAAAAACCUCCUAUGCACCAAUCUAGCUUACCUAGUUCAAAUAAAAGCUAACUCAAAAGAUAAAUCGUUGUUGAGGGUAAUGUUCUAUAAUAAAAUUGUGAAGCAACAAGUAUUUACUGCCAUAGAAAAUAAGUUGACUCAGAUAUUCUAUUUAGAAACCCAGAAAUACUAAGUAGCAUAGAAAAUUUUAAAUUAUUCUAUUCUUCUCCUAAGCCAGAAUUAAACUUAAAUAUAUAAAGUAAUAUAUAAAAGAAAUGGGGAGUGUGA